UCGACGCUCACGUCGACGGCGCUCUGUCCCCGACGCUCACGUCUCCGUCGCCAGCUCGAUGACGCCAGUGUCCCCGACGUCGACCCGUCCUAGACGGCGCUCUGUCCCCAGCGCCGCCAUGUCCUCGACGACGCCCCCGUCUCCGACGCCGGAUCGACGACGCCAUGUCCCCGAUGCCGAUCCGUCCGAGAUGGCGCCCGUCCCCGAUGCCGCCUCGUCCUCGAGGCCGACAUGUCGUCGACGCCGCCCCGUCCCCGACGCCGCCUAGACGCCGCCUCGUCCCCGACGCUGCGUCGUCCCCAUCGUUGCCUUGUCCUCGACGCGGCCCUCGUCCCCCGACGCGAGGCACGCACCGGAUCGGGCGCAUCGACGGUGCCGCUAGUCGAGUCGCCCUCCGCCGCUAACCACCACCGCGCGGGCCUAGCCAUGGGCGCACCACCACAGCAGGAACGCCCGCGACGGUGUCCGCCUCCGCCGUCCGCCCGCUCCUCCGCCGACCGCCGCUGCCGCGCCUCCGCCAUCAGCCUCUCCUCGCGCUCGCGUCGCCGCUGUUCGCCCCGACGGCCGUCUGCUACUGGUGACGUUAUUCUGGAGGAGUGGAGGACUGAGGAGAGAGAGGGCGUGAUUUGGGGAAGGCCCGCCGCCCCACUCUUCUCUUAACUGCAUUUGGCCCACCUCUGUAUUGUAUCUGUAUCGCGCGUGGGUUUGUAAAAGUAGAUCAGCUGUUGUGUGGGCCCCACCAAACACAUGGACCAAUGGCAGUCUGACUUCCACCAGGAGCAUAUGCCGACCGGUUCACUUAUGGACUUUCCUAUGAUGAUCGUAUCCGCAUGCGGCAAACAGAUCGAGCUGGCCAAUGAAAUUCAGAGCAAUAUCUACACUAGUUUAAGUGCUGAUCAAUUUAGUGUCACCUGCCUCAUGGGUUCCACAGAGGCCAUCUUGUCUGCGCAGAUGGCCAGCAAAUGCUUCAGCGUCAAUAAGUUCAUGGCGAGCCCCGUGCCACAAAUGCAGAAGCAGUGUGAUGGUAGCAGCAGUGCUAGCAGCGCCAGCAGAAGACAAGUGGAGAAGAAUGAGACGAACAGUUUCGCUGCGAAGAUUGUCGGUAUGCAGCAGCAACAGUUGAAGCCACGGUUCGCUCUGGAGUUGGAUGGGCUUAAUUGCUUCGAGACCAUUGUUCCUCUCUGAACUCUGAGGCACUCUCCGUUUCCAGCAGAUAGGUUUUUUGUUUGUGGAAUGCUCGUUAAAACCUUCAAAAUAAGAAAAAUACAUGCAUCAAAGCGGUAGGAAUCAACUCAUCCAAAACAGGAGAUGGGACACAUCCAAGCGCUUGGGAACAUCCAAUUGCAAUUCACCACAACUUAGGUGGUGAUGUGGAGGGAAAUUGUAGGGUCAUUCCUAUUCCUGCGCCACAUGAUAAUGAUGUUACCGUUGGCUAGGAACUCUGAAUCUCUCUCGCGAUGACACUGACUGAGACACUGACACAGGGUUUUUUGCGUUGCUGAAAAACUUAGAAACUUUUUUGAUUCA